AUGAAAAUUACGAAAAUAAAAAUAGAAAGAACUUCGGUAAUGUUAUCUGUCAUAUACAUGCAUGGGUGCUUAACUAUUCUAGAGGCGCUGAAUAGUGUCAUUUGUACAUCAAAUGAAAAUUCUUCUGGGUUUGAUUUAGAUGUGGCCCCAAAUAGAAACAGCACGAAAGAAUCAGAUUUGAAUAAGUAUUUAAUAUUCGAAGAGCAAUUAAAUAAUCUAACAGCAGCGGAAAAAAUUGAAAUAUUAAGUUUUAAAAAAAUUAAUCGACAGAGCACAAGUGCAUACUCCAAUGCUACAUCAUAUGCAGAAUCUCAAUUAAGUAAGAAUAAAGCCACUAGCAAUAGUAUAACCGAACAUCAAGAGUUUCAUAAUACUAAUACUCGUAGUAUAAAAAGCAUUCUAGCGGCUCCCUAUAAUAGUAGAAAAAGAAAAAUUGUCAAGCCUAUAAAAAAUAUACAUCAAAGAAAGUUGGCUAGUACGCCUUCUAAAAUACAUGUGUUUAGAGACUCUGAUGAGUAUAAGAAGUUCUUAGAAGAACUGCACACUUAUAAACUGUCAGUGAAAAAUCAUAACAAAGACAUGCAGUGUAUUGUUCCAUCAUUUUUUGACCAGGAUAUAGAUAUUAUUUUCACUAAAAAGGAAAUUUCAGAUUUGGCAAAUCAUAUAAUCAUUAAAGCUAAAAAGAAUAAAAAUUUAUGGGCAUGCCUGCCUACUAUUAAAGAAAAAAAUAUAAAAACAAAGCUAGCUGUGAUUAAAGAACUAUCACGCAAUUUAUAUAAAAUGAAUUCUAUAUUUAAAGGUUAUAAGAUCUCCUACUACUAUAAUAUGUUUCGGAAUUUAAAUAAUUAUUUGAUUAAGAAUUGUAGUUCUUAUUAUAAUACACCUAUAAGGUAUUCCGAAAACAACAAAAUAGUGAAAUUUAAAAACUAUAAAAUUUCCCUUGGUGACAUAUACAGUAAAAGAGACAUAAAUCUUUUGUGGCAUAUAGAAAGUAUGCUUUUAUCUAGUACAAAUCAGAAGACCCAGCGGUUUAUUCGUAAUAUAAACAAAAAUUUAGAUGACCUACAGCUAAAAAGACAGCUGCUGUUGAUUUUAUGCAUUCCUGAGAUAUAUGAAGAUCUAUUUUAUAUGAAAUAUGAAGAGAUUAGUCGAGUAAAAAAUAGAAUUCUUUAUACGAAUCUCAAUGAAGCAGAUAUAUAUCAGUCUAGCCUUUUUUGUAUUAUAGAAUACUUACACGGAAUUAUUCAUAAAAAUGCAGAAAUAAUGGAUGCAUCCUUUAAAAAAAUACAAAUUAUUAUAAAAAAUCUAUAUUUAUCGCCCAUACAUAGUGAAAUUAAUAUAUAUAGGAUUGUGUACAAAACAUUUGCUGAUUUCUAUAAAUAUUCUUUAUAUUUAUAUGAAAUAGACACUGAUUAUCAUAUAAAUAAUAAUCUGGAGAGUGCCAGUCUAAGAUAUCAUGCCAUGAGAAAGUACUUAAAAAUGCCACAAAACAAUGUAACUCUAUACCAAGGAAAAAAUGUUGUUAUAAUACCAAAUUACAAAAGAUGCAUGUUGACAUUUGACUAUAUUGAUAAAUCUUCGAAUAAAAGAAUAUUAGAUAGAAUAGAAAACAAAAAAAUAACAUAUAGUUAUAUGGGAAAAGAAAGUAUAGAACUAUCUUAUUGCCAUCACUACCAUGUGCAAGUUGUAGACAAUAGUACGCAUCGUGUGCAUAUUAUGCAUAUUCCUUUCUUUGUUUCUAAUGACGCUGGGACUAUUAAGUACAACUAUAUACACACACUUGAA